AUGGAGGAGGCUGCACUGGCUCUCUUAGCUAAACUACCAAAGACCUGCAACACAAUCAUUGAUGCAUUCAGUAAAAACAGCCGCGAGCUUAAGGCAGCACAAGAUGAGGUAUGUAAUGCACAGUCUGAACUUACCAUCCUUAGAGGCCUUCUUAAAAUCCUUUUCAAUCUCCUAGAGAAGAUGUGGGCCAUGGUUCGGACCUAUUAUAUGGGCAAGGACAUGAAGGAAGCACAGGUACAAGGAGAAGGAGAAUCUCUGGGGGGGAUCCUAGAUCUUGCCAUCAUGCAGCUGGACUUACAAAGCAUCAAGAUUAAUUGUGAUGCUUUGCGCUGA